AUGCUUUCAAUCUUAGACAAUUCGCUUCGUGGUGUUAACUUUGUGUUUUUAAUCAUUGUUCUCGGUCUAGUCGGUAAUUUGAUUGCUACUCAGGACCAUUCUAGUUCCAGAGUUAACUUUGCUAUCUUUGCUGCUGUUUUCGGUAUCGUUUUCGACUCGUUGUAUGCUUUGAUAGCUAACUUCAUCUCAGCUUUGGCUUGGCCUAUCAUAUUAGUCUCUUUGGACUUCUUGAACUGGGUUUUCACCUUCUCUGCAGCCACUGCUUUGGCCGUUGGUAUCCGUGGUGGUUCUUGUACUAACGACAGUUUCACUUCCGGAAACAAGAUUGCUGAAGGUUCUAAGGACAGAUGUCGUAAGGCACAAGCUUCUACUGUGUUCUUGUACUUCUCCUUUGCCAUUUUCUUGGUCAAGUUCAUCUUGAGCAUUGUUAAUGCUAUCACUUCCGGUGCUUUCGGGACCAGUUCCAACAGAAAGACUCAAGUCGGUGUCCCAACCAUCUCCCAAGUUUAA